AUGGAGGGCGAUUUGGGGGCCCCCAACGCCAGCGUGCUGGGGGAGCGCUCGCUGCUGGUGGGGAGCAGCUGGGUGGCCGCUUUCCUCUGCUUCAUCAUCCUGCUGACCACGGCGGGGAACUUCCUCCUCAUCCUCCUCAUCGUCACCCAACGUUCCCUCCGCAACACCUCCAACUACUUCCUGGUGUCCCUCUUCAUGUCCGACCUGAUGGUGGGGCUGGUGGUCAUGCCCCCGGCCAUGCUCAACCAGCUCUACGGCCGCUGGGUGCUGCGGGGCGACUUCUGCUCCCUCUGGUACUCCUUCGACGUCAUGUGCUGCAGCGCCUCCAUCCUCAACCUCUGCGUCAUCAGCUUGGACCGCUACCUGCUCAUCAUCUCCCCCCUCAAAUACAAGCUGCGAAUGACCUCCUGCAGAGCCCUCUGGCUCAUCCUGGCCACCUGGACCUUGGCUGCGCUAGCCUCCUUCUUGCCCAUCAAAAUGGGUUGGCACGAGCUGGAGUUUGAGGUCCGGUCCCCGAACGUCACCUCCCGAGGGGACGAGGACCAGUGCCGGUUACUGGUCAGCUUGCCCUACGCCUUGGUGGCCUCCUGCCUGACUUUCUUUCUCCCAUCCACCGCCAUCUCCUUCACCUACUGCCGCAUCCUCCUGGCAGCCCGCAAGCAAGCGGUGCAGGUGGCUUCCCUCGCCUCCAACGUGGCCACCGCCACCACCGCCGAGACCACGCCGCAGGUUCCCUGCGCCCCGAGCCAGCCCGCGGCCGGCAGCGAGAGCAGGAGGUUCGCCAACAAGCACAGCAAGAAGGCGCUGAAGGCCAGCCUGACGCUGGGCAUCCUCCUGGGUAUGUUCUUCGUGGCUUGGCUCCCCUUCUUCGUCACCAACGUGACGCAGGCAGUCUGCGGCUGUGUCCCGGCCAGCUUCUUCGAUGUCCUCACCUGGCUCGGGUACUGCAACAGCACCAUGAACCCCAUCAUCUACCCGCUCUUCAUGAGGGACUUCAAGAGGGCCAUGGGCAAAUACCUGCCCUGCUGCCGGCGCUCGGGGGAGCCCCGUCCCAGCGCCAUCUCCCUCUCCAUGAGGAACUCCAACAGCGGACCCCGCGCUGCCACGUCCCUCAAGAACGUCCUCACCUUGCAGGCUGAGACCGACUCGGCUGACUCCGGGGUGCUGGGGAACGAACACGGCCCGCUGCCGGCCGGCGACGGCCCCUCGCCUCUCCCGGUCCCCGGUACCCGCUUGGUCAACCUUUUUGACGUGGAGCCCCCGGACGCGGAGCUGCGGCCCAAGCAGCUCGGCACCCCCGUGGCCUGA